AAAACUAGGUACUAUACGUGUAUCAGUGCAUUUUAUAUAGACACGAAUUUGUUUUGGACGUCACAGUCCAGAUCUCAGCUCUGUAAAGACUAAAGAGUAUCCUCCCUUCUGAAGGAAAUAGAGCAUCCAAUUAUGGAACCCACCAGCUGUGUUUUAACUAAUCCUCUGCUAAACAUCAGUCCAGAUAAUGGAGGAUCUUCAUUAUCUGAUGUUGUCUUGGAAGGACUAAAUCGUUCAAUGAAAGCUGGGAGAAGAGAAAGAACAAAGGUUGCAGAGCAAUUGAGGAGGAAUCAAUUGAAACAGCUCUAUACAAAACUUGAAUCCCUCAUACCACCUGCUAUACGGAAGGUUGAGAGAACUGGACUGGUUGAGGAAUCCUGCAAUUACAUUCAAAAACUGCAGGACGAAAUAUGGCAACUGAAGCAAUACAGAGAACAUCUCAGUGCAAAGGAAAAGACAAUGAAGGAAGAUGCAGAAUUUAUUGAUGUGGGUGUGGAGGUAGGAAGAGAGACUCUGGUUAUUACAAUCAGUAGUACUAGAAGGCCAAGAUGUUUUGGGAAGAUAGUUGAAGAAGUUGAAGAAUAUGGUUUAGAUGUAAAUAUGUCACAGCUUUCUACAAGUGAAUCUUUUGUACAUGUUUGCUUUCAUGCUCAUUUUAAUCAAAACUUGAAAGAACAUGACCCUGUUCAACUUCAGUAUUCUCUGAAAAGAAAGUUACUUAGUGUCUAUUAAAUUAGAAUAACAUGAAGCUCUCAAUUUAGGGUUAUAAUGUAUAAACAUUUGGUACAAGGACAUUAAAUAGUUUUAUAUAUGUAAAGGAGUAGAAGUAAUAUAUUGUUGUAGCUCUUAAAAUGAGGGCAUUAUUAUCAAUGUAUGUAAAGUUUCAUUUCAAUUAUGUGGAAACGAAGAGUUUUUUAAAUUUGGUAUAAUUGAAUGAUUGUUUAGUUUCA